UAUUUAUAAACACUUAGGGAGGAAAGUAAGAGCUUUAUAUAAAGGUGGUUGAGGGGGCUUUCGAGUCUUCACAGGUAGCAAUAUUGACGAGACUUGCUUUGUUUAUUUAUUUGUGUAAGCUUAGCUACAGUCAGCUAGCUAGCUACUCUGUGCAAUAUGGGAAGGCAACCUUGCUGUGACAAACUCGGGGUCAAGAAAGGUCCUUGGACAGCUGAAGAGGAUAAAAAACUCAUUAACUUCAUUCUCACCAAUGGCCAAUGUUGUUGGAGGGCUGUCCCUAAGCUCGCAGGACUCCGACGAUGCGGCAAGAGUUGCCGGCUUCGUUGGACUAAUUAUCUUCGCCCUGACUUGAAGAGAGGGCUUCUUACAGAAGCAGAAGAACAGCUGGUUAUUGAUCUCCAUGCUCGUCUUGGCAAUAGGUGGUCCAAGAUUGCUGCUAGAUUGCCAGGAAGGACAGACAAUGAGAUUAAGAACCACUGGAACACUCAUAUAAAGAAGAAGCUUCUGAAGAGGGGAAUCGAUCCUGUUACACAUGAACCCUUACACAAAGAAGCCAAGGCUGAGGAAAGCUCAUCAUCUCCUGCUGAUCUUUUGCCAGAAUCCAGUAACAACAAUGAUAUGCAAGAAAAGGAUGGCAUCAUUAUUAACUCGGAUGAUAAUUCAAGAUCACCGACUGAAAAUUCUUGUAGUACCGAGGAUUCGCUCUUGUUAGAUAGUAUUUGCAAUGAUGAAAUGUUACUGAAUAGCUUGUGGAUGGAUGAGCCUCCACUAGUUGAUGCAUCAUGGAACAAAAUUAUUCCUCUGGCCGCAGAAAAUACUAACAAUGACAUGGGUUAUCCAUCAUGGGAGGAUAACUACACAGGGUUAUCGGAUUGUCAAGAUUUUGGCGUUCACGAUUUCGGAUUCGAUUGUUUCGACACCAUUGAAUUAAGCGCACUUAACAUAUUAGAGAUGGAACUCAAUCGCUAGAUUAUACGCGUGUAUGCUAGAGUGUUGUUGAGAAAAUCUUACAUCUUCAAAUGUGAACAUGUUACGAAGUAUCAUGUGUUGUUGAAGUUAGGUUGUCAGGAUUGAAUUUUCUGUCUUGCAUGUUUCAUCAGAUGGUAAUUGUUGCUGGGUGGGUUGAAGUAUACCCGUCUUCUUCAGAGGUUUCUCACCAACCCAGUUAAACAGUGAUAUCAAACCAAAAUCAUUAAAAUGUGACAUUACUUUGUGCUUUACAAAUGUUGUGAUCUCAUAUGUAAGAGAUAGGGACAGGCUCUGGCAGAUGUUGUCUAGUGGGGUUGUUUACAGCAUUAUAAUUAUUUGUAUAUGAUGUACAUACGAUGGAAAUAAAGUGGAUGCUGUUAUGGAUUA